GCUAAUGCUACGUAUAAAAUGUCAAUAGGCGAUUUGUGUCAAUAUUCUAUGAUUUUAUUUGACGCCAUGACAGUUAAUGUAACCCGAGAAUUACCGUUUUUCCUUUAGGCGUCGGGGGGGCAGCGAAAGAACAAGAUGGCUGUCCCGGGACGAGAAAACUUUUCUCGCUCUCAACCUUUUUACGGAAACCCGACGAUUUUCCGUCUCCUUUAGUUCCUAAAAGAUAACAACCAAGUAAUAACAGGCAUAUUUUGUCUGUGUUAAUUUUUAGGGUGCGACGUGAGCCAUUUUCGAGCCCAAGUUAGUUGGAAGGACUUUGGAGCAACGACGUCGAGUUUUUACCCCCUUUCUUAAAAGUUUCCCGUUCGCUGAUUAAGUUUUGCAGUAUUUUUUAUUUUUAUAAACUCGUAUGAUCGUUCGGAUUAAGUAAGUAUCCCGAGUACCAUGAGCUCAUCAUCUCGGGUAAAACCCAAACACGGCGCCCGGGAAGCGAGCGAGGGCAUCGAGAUGGAGAACAUCCAGCAACAGCAGCAUCGGGAUUCGGUGGCCGUGGGAAUGACAGCUGGUUCUCCGUCCUCGCCAUCCAGACAAGCUUGGAGCCGCGACAACCCGGGUUUCGAGCCCGGCGAAGAGAUCAUGGCAGCGGACUGGCCUGCAGCAAGCCCGGGGAGGAGGUCUGCAUCCACGGCUUCCAGCAACAGCAGCUGCAGCAGCGGUUUGGGCAACUCCAACGUCGGCGGCGGAGGACGCAGCCCUCAAAUCCACGAUGGAGGAGCCUACCCGAGCCCGAGUGGAGAUGAGGGGCAGCGGGGCAGGCGUGAGCACAGCAGCUGUAUGAAGCAGAUACUCCAGAAAAUUAGAAUUUUGUGGGGCACGGAGUUAAUGGAAGACAGCAACAGCAGUCGCGAACGCUACUUGUGGAAUGUUUUGCGAGAGAUGCUCACCUACGUCGCCUUCCUCAUCACAGUUUGCGUGUUGACAUACGGGAUGGUGAGCACCAACAUGUAUUACUACACCAAAUUCAUGUCGCAGCUUUAUUUGGACAAACAUCUUUCCCCUGGAGAGGACACCACGUUUAGGAGCCUUUCGACUAUGGAAGACUUCUGGAAGUACACAGAAGGACCUUUUCUUAACAAUAUGUACUGGGAAGCGUGGUACAACGCCAGCCUGGCCGAGAACCCCACUCACAUCUUCUACGAGAACCUCCUGCUCGGGGUGCCUCGCCUCCGGCAAGUCAAGGUCCGCAACGAGUCGUGCAGCGUCCACGAGGACCUGCGCGACCAAGUCCGCGACUGCUACAACGUUUACACGCGCGCCAACGAGGACACCGCCCCCUUCGGGCCCGGGAACGGGACGGCGUGGACGCAUGUGGCGGAGGCCAGAGCCAACGGGAGCAGCCACUGGGGUCGUGUGUCCAAAUACGGCGGCGGGGGUUAUUACCAAGAUCUAUCCCGGACCAGGCAGGAGUCUGCGGUCCAGCUACGCUUCCUCAAAGACCACCAGUGGCUCGACAGAGGCACCCGAGCCGUCUUCCUCGAUUUUGCCGUCUACAACGGUAACAUCAACAUCUUCUGCAUUGUCAGGUUGUUGAUGGAGUUCCCGGCAACUGGCGGGGCGGUGACGUCCUGGCAGUUCCAGACGGUGCGUCUCAUCCGAUACGUGUCCAGCUGGGACUACUUUGUGGGCCUGUGCGAGGUCAUGUUCUGCCUCUUCAUCCUCUACUACGUGGUGGAAGAGGCGCUGGAGAUCCGUAUCCAUCGCCUACAUUACUUCAGGAAUCCGUGGAACUGUUUGGACGUCUUCAUCGUCACCUUGAGUGUGGUGGCCAUUAUCAUGAACAUAAUCAGAACAACCAUGGUCAGCCACCAGCUGAAGAGCCUUCUGGAGAACUACAACACACACCCCACCUUCGAGCCUCUGGCCAACCUGCAGCUCCAGUUCAACAACCUGGUGGCCGUCAUUGUCUUCUUUUCUUGGGUUAAGCUCUUCAAGUUCAUCAACUUCAACAAGACCAUGAGUCAGCUGACGGGCACCCUGUCUCGCUGUGCCAAGGACUUGGUCGGUUUUGCCAUCAUGUUCUUCAUCAUCUUCUUGGCCUACGCCCAGUUAGCCUACCUGCUCUUCGGAACUCAAGUCGACGACUUCAGCAGCUUACAGUCCAGCAUUUUUACUCAAUUCCGCAUCAUCCUGGGAGACUUUGAGUUCUCCGAGAUCGAGGAGGCCAACCCGGUGCUGGGGCCUGUUUACUUCACCACCUUUGUCUUCUUCAUCUUCUUUAUCCUCAUGAACAUGUUCUUGGCCAUCAUCAACGACACCUACUCCGAGGUCAAGGCCGACAUGUCUCAGCAGAGGUCUGACAUGGAAAUGAGCGACCUCAUCAAGAAGGGUUGUAACAAAGCCUUGAUGAAGCUCAGGCUGAAGAAAACGGCGGUGGACGACAUCUCCGACAGCCUGCGUCAGGCUGGAGGCAAGCUCAACUUGGAUGAACUGAGACAGCAUUUAAAGCGAAAAGGCCACACAGAUGUGGAGAUCCAGGCCAUCUUUGCCAAGUAUGACCACGACGGUGACCAGGAGCUGACGGAACACGACCACCAGCAGAUGAGAGACGACCUGGAGAAGGAGCGAGAGGACUUGGAUCUGGAGCGCAACUCUCUGAGUCGAGCGUGCAGCGGGCGAAGCCUGCCGCCUCGCGGCCAGGACGACUCAGAGGAGGACGAUGAUGAGGACAGCGGGCACAGCUCGCGGCGCCGCGGCAGCAGCUCGGGCGGCGUCUCCUACGAAGAGUUCCAAGUGCUGGUGAGACGCGUGGACAGGAUGGAGCACUCCAUCGGCAGCAUCGUGUCCAAGAUCGACGCCGUCAUCGUCAAGUUGGAGGCCAUGGAGAGGGUCACACUCAAGAGGAGGGACGUGUUGGGAAGACUUUUCGAAGGAGCCAUGGAGGAGGAGCGCGGGAACGGUCGGGACGCCGACGCUCACAGCGAGCAGGAGCGUCUGGUGAGGGAGGAACUGGAGCGCUGGGAAUCGGACGACGUCUCCUCGCAGGUGGGCCACCCAGGCGGACGCCCCCGCCCCCCUUCCUCACUGUCCUUGGACGCAACGGACGCCAAUGGUAGCGCUCACGUGUAAAAAAAAAGCAAGGUUAAAAAAAAAGACACUUUAUUGCAAACAAAAUAGGAGCAAUUAAAACAAAGACCUCGGAUGCACUGACGGUAAGUCUCAAAAACAGCCAUACGUGAUUCUUCCUGUCGGGCAAAUAAAGGAUUGAAGGAAAAGUAUUAGGCAUCACCACGCUGAAAAGAAAUGAAAUACUUAAAUUUAUGCACAUUGUUACGAGAAAGUGAGCCACUGAGAGCUUAAGUGUGAUACCUCCAUUUUGUCUUUUGGAAGGACACGUGAUUUUAAACUUUAUGGCUGCAAAAUCCAGGGGAUGGAUGUUGUGAUUGAUAUGGCAUUGAUUUUAAAAUCGUUGAAAUCGGUACAAUAGCAGUAAUCUAUGUAAUGUAUGCUCCAACUUGUACGACUCUCUUUGUAUCCUUUUUACGGCUUCUUUGCUUUACGGUGUGGCCUUAAUACGCAUUUGUAGCAAACGCCAAACUGCCAGCGUCAAAUAUGGGUUUGAUUUUUGCACACAUUCACAUUCCAUUGUCACGUUUGAACACGCACUUUUCUACGAUGUUCAUUUUGUUGAUUUUCAUUUACAGUAGUUGCGUUGAUAUGCAUUUCGCCUCGAAGCUUCCAAUGAGCUAGAUUAUUAUCAGUGUUGUAUACACACACACGCACACACACAAAAUGUAACUUGAAACAAACUUCAAUUUGGAGUGCAAAUAGUGUUCAUGGGAAACUCAUGCAUUUAUAUUUUAUCCUGUGCUGUAAGAUUUUCUUAUCUACCUUUUUACAAUUAAAAGUGAUAUCAAAUUUGGA